GUGAUGAUGUCCUUUACCAAUCCAAUAUCGCAGGCAUGCGCAAGAAAUUAGUUAUAUAACAUUUGCAAUGAUUGAGGAACAGUUAUAUUGACGCAAUAUUUGUGGCUCUAAACAAGAAACGGAAGAAAAAUAAUUUCAACACAACCUGUCUUUGUUGUAGAGAAGCACUGAGCCAAAUAUGGAUGGUAUUGAUGGAAUAAUAAUGAAUGGUGCAACUGAAUCUUGCUGCAAUGUUAACAAUGGAGGAUCAACAUGCCAAAAAGAAGAGAAAAUUUUGAAAUGUGUUCAGAGCCUUGAAAUAAAAGAUGAUCAGAACUGUGAUGAUGAGAAAUCAUUCGAGUUUAUUGAGACCACAGAAUUGACAGUCAUUCAAAGAACCAAAAAGGGAAAACAACUGAAACGAAUUGACACUCGAGAAAGUACUCUGUUGGAUGAGAGUUCUCUGGUGUCAGAAAUUUUUGUGCGAUACCCUAAGGAGGAUAUUGAUAAAGAGGAAUCCCUGGGAGGAUUCAUUUCCACGAUUAGACGAAGUGAUGGGGCAUUUCUUCAUGCAUUUUGUUCCCUGGAAGAAGACGGAAUCUUUGCUAAAGCUUUACAUCUGAAAAAUAAAGACAUUUUGGUGAGUUUAAAUGGCAUAAAGAUACUAGGAUCUUUUACACACGACAAUGCAGAUGUUGUGGAGAUGUUUCGAAAUUUACCAAUGUCAAAGACAAUAUCAAUGGUGAAAUACAAUAGAAGAUCUGACAAGUUUACAACCAUCGAAUUCCUUCUUGAAAUAGCAUCGGAAGAAAUUAUAGUGAAAGAAGACUCUGUGAAGCUUACGAACGACCCACCCAUUGUGGCGGCAAUAGUGUGUCCGAGAAGCAACAAAUCGUUGGCAUAUACUAAUGGACAAUUGAAUCUCUGUAAUUCUGGAGACGUCAGUUCGAAUUGUGCUCACCAUUUUGUAGUCACAAAAACUCUCGCCGGAUAUUACCUUGCAUACACUUUCCAAGUUCAGAUAGAUAAAUCAAAAUACCUUGGUCUCAAAGGGAAACGACUGGAUGUCAUUGAUAAAACAAAGGGGAUUCCAAUAUUUCGACAAGAGCAAAUAGACAGGGAUGUUUACCUUAAACCAGAUGGAAAUGAUAAUAAGUAUGUCCACUACAAUGAGACAACAGGAAAUUAUGAGCUGGGAACACGUGAGACUGCUGUCUCACGUAAAGGCUUUGGGGUGUGGAUAGAAAAAACCGAUUGCACACCAUAGGAAAAGGAUCAAAAUCAUUGCAUUUUUCGAACUUGACUUUCGACAGAUUAUGUGCAAAGUUUAACAACAGUAAUUGAUAACUUUGGUUGUCAAUAACAAGUAAACUUGCUCGAAGUACAUUUGUUUAAACAGUUUAAUGAUGUCUUUUUUCAUCAAUAAUUUCUAUUCUUUGAACUAAAUGACACGAAAACGAUUCUUGACUGAAUUAAAAUUAAAUGCACUGUUAAGUGGUAAGUGUUUACCGAAGCAACUGAAGUAAGCCAAAUAACAUUUUCUGUAAUCCAGUAAAAAAAAAUAAAGAAAUAUAGUUCAUGUACAUAUUACUCAAUACAUAUUGAAUUCAUUUCUUUUAACUACGCAAAAUAUAUUCACUGCUUAUUAUCUAAUGGCAUCUUUAAUACUAAAAUGUAAAACGGAAAAAGACACUUAACCCAAAAAGAAAAGAAUAAGGAAGAGAUGUAGUUUUUCCGGCAGUUUAAUAGAAAAAUUGUUGUCUGGUGAUAUCAACAAAAGUGAUUGACCAAUCAAAAGCGUUGUUUUAUCGUCAAUUUUUCACAAAAAAUGAUGUGUAAUUCUAUGUCAAUCCCUUCUAUAUUGUUUAUAAGGUCAUUAUUAUAAUUUAUCUUGUUUUAAUCUUAACUGUACAAGUAUAUAUUUUUUGUUAAACUAUGCAUGUUUUUAUUAAUUUAUUUAUCAUGAAAACAAACAUUUCAUUGAAUAAAUUGACUUUGCUUUUCAGUUAUUGCUUUUAGGAUUUUAUUGUAUGUUAAGCAUUAUAUGUUGCAUAAUCACAAGAGAUUUUUUCACGACGAUAUUGAAUUAUUUUGAUAUUUUUAUGAUAGACUGAUAUGUUCAAGGCCAGUAUUUUCAGCAUUUAACUAAUGUUUUGCUUUGUAUAUAAAAAAAAACCUUCUAUUUUCUUUAAGUUCAUUUUUUUAAUGUCCAUUAGAUAUUGAGGUAUUAAAAAGUAACAACCACAUUUUGUACAAAGUAAAUGAAUGUUCCGAUCAUUGAAAUUAUGGUUUGAUUUUGAAUAUAUUAUCAAAUAAAAAUACCCACUAAAGAAAUUUUCGAAAUUUUGAUUAUUGUCCAACCAAUUGUACCUGCAAUUUUACAUUGAAGUCUAUGGACAGAGCAUGUUUUAUAAAGAUAUUGUAAAAUGUAUCUUGAAUUUUUUAAAAAUGUCUUGGUGCUUAUAUGCAUGAAGUCUCUCUUUUUUAAAAUAUGAAAUAAAAUGAAUCCUUUGA